AUGUCUUACAACUGCAGGUCUGGAAACUUCUCCUCCUGCUGUUUUGGAGGUUACCUGGGGUAUCUAGUUUCCACUUAUAAUUUGUUCUACCCCAGCAAUGCCAUCUAUUCUCCAAAUACCUGCCAACUGGGCUCCUCUCUCUACAAUGGCUGUGAGGAGAUCUACUGUGAGCCCACCAGCUGCUAGACAUCCUGCACUUUGGCCAGAUCCUAUCAGACAUCCUGCUACUGCCCAAAGAAUUUCAUCUUCUGCAGUCCCCGCCAGCCUAACUACAUAAGAUCCCUUGGAUGUGGAAACACUGGCCUUGGAUCUCUUGGUUGUGGAAGCACUGGCUUCCAGUCUCUGGACUGUGGGUCCAGCUUCUACCACCCAACUACCUUUUCAUCCAGGAAUUUCCAGGCAACUUGUUACUAA